GCGGCCGCGGGCAGCGGGCAGUCGCGGCGGGGGGCGGCCGGCGGCGGAGCGCCUCGGCUCGGCUCGGCUCGGCUCGGCUCGGCUCGGCUCGGCUCGGCUCGGCUCCUCACGGCAGGGCACGGUACGGUCCCACCGCGCUGCCUCCCCCGCUGUCAAUGCGGGCGCCCCGGCGCCGCGGGAGGAACAAAUAGGAUGCAUCGUUCUCCACCAUCCAUGCUGUUACUGAUUGUUUUGAGAGGCUGCAGUAUUCACAUAUGAAGACUUGUCUUUGUAACUGAUCCUUGGAGCUGCACAGAGAUGACUUUCUUUGCAAUGGAUUAAUAACUUCUCACAGACAUUAAGGAUACCUAUAGGGCAAAGCUUGAACAGGAAGGGAUCUGAACAUAAUUGGAGUAAAAAAAAUGUAUGUAUAUGGACCUGCUUUCCUGCAACUGAAGAUCUGUUUGUGGAAAGCCAAGGUAAAGGCUUUACGGUAACUGGAACUUGGCUACAAAAGCUGGGUGAGCACUCAUGCAGUGGUCGUACUGCCUGAAACACAGCCCUUGAACUGAAGCACAAGUAGCAAAAAAACAUCAAGCAUAGUUUUCUUAUUUCUUUGCAAGUGCUGUUAAACCUGGUGGCUACUUCCACUGAUCUUAGAAUAGAAUAAUAAAAGUAGCUGUUGAGUGACUUCAUAUCACUGGGCCACAGAUAUUGCAGUCCAUGCCACUCUCAAGAAGCCAGAGAAAGAAGAGGACUACUGAUCCACUCCAGCCGUACGUAGUGGCCCAGCAGUAGGCUAUUUAACCCAAAAGGUAGAAAUAAUCUGCAGAUUGGACAGACUAAACUGAGGCAAGAUAAAUACUUGGGAAGACCCAUCUUCAAAGAGCAGUUGUUGACCACUGUACGUUUAAUGUGCUGCCAGAAAUGAAGGGAGCACUUGGAGUCCGAGUCUUAGGUACUGCAGAAAGCCUGCCUGGCUUGGGUUUGGCUCUUCCGCUGCCCUAAUGGGAACGUCAAGUGACAUCUGACAGACACGCCUGCCUCAAUGCUUAAAUCAGCAUUACUGUUAUACCUGGAUCUUGUUUUUGUGAGAAACAUUGAAAGAGCUCAGACUCUGCAUGGGGAUGCUGAAGAGAAACAAAACAAUUAAGUGUUUGUGCUUAGGAGCGUUGUCAGCGCUGUGGGAUGCACAGGGUGGGGAGCUGAGGUUUGAACAAAGGAUGUAGCAUUUAACCAAUGACUAACUAGAAUGAACUUACGCAUUCCUUAAUUACAAGUAAUCCAUAUAUUGGACUUUACAGAAGUUACAUUAUUGAAGUUGUGCAAGCUAUUGCACGAAGGAAGCAUGUUGGGCAUAUGUAGCGUUUCCACAGUGUCUGAAGAGUCUUCUGACAAUGUUUUGCAAUGUGGCAAGCUAUGAAGAUCUAAUCAGCAGAGGGAGCUGUGUGGAAGAACAACACUUUCAUCCUUUCUGUGGUCCAAGUUCUAUGAGGCAAGACAAGUGAAGUUACAAGAUGAGAGGCUGUGCUGCAGGUCAGGCAGUGUUGUCAAGGAGAGCCAUCUAGAUACGAACUGAUGAGAUCUUAACUCAGCUUUUCAAGGAGGAAAAUGAAAAGAGUUGCUGAAAAAUGUAAAAAUCUGUACAAAGAUUCCUUGCUAAUGCCAUUAUGACAAACUUUAUUCCACCUGCUGGAAGGAAACUGCUAUGCCAGAAGAAGCAAAUUUCUGUUAACGGCAUUCAUGUCCUCGAAGUAAUACAGCUUUCUGAUCUAGACAAAGCCUGAAGUACUUGAAAUAAGGUGUGCAACAAAAAGGACAACAAAGCAAACAAAUGAAGGGAAAUGAAACCACUGACCCUGAUUUCAGAACUAGCUUCACAUACUCUGAUGUUUCUUCUUUUCUUAGAAACUGUAUCAAUUUCCUACUAAUCUAUUUUUAUAAGUCCCGUUACUUCUACAGGACAAGGCAGGCAGGUGACCUGCCUCUAUGAAACGCAGAGGAGAAAUCCCUGGCCUAUCCAAAGUGUGCUGUAAGUAAAGUAUGGCCAGAAAAAAGAACGUAGUCUUAACUUUUAAGGUUUCCUUAAUCCGCUGUUUUUAUUACGGGUUGCCAGCAUAAACAUUUAAAACAUCUCUCUGAUUCCUCUGAUCCUGUUGUCUUUAUUCUUCUAAGAUGGCUUCUCCUAGGGACUGGAAGGCAGGUACUCAUGUUUGUAAAUACAAGAUGGUCUAAGAGAUCAGAGAACUGUGUGUUUUACUGCACUCCUGUGACUAAUUGAAAGAUAAUGCAGUAGAAAGGAGGUGGGAGGGAGAGGAUAAAAGAGAACAAGAGAGAAUACACGUGUGCAAGUCAGAGCCACAAGCCAUUUUCUUUGCUGCCAGGGGCAUGGAAGGAGCGGGUAUAGAAAUGUAAGCUGAGGCAGAAUAAAGCCCUCAGACAAAACUGUUUAUAACCUGCAAGUUAGAUCAACCUCAGCCUGUCAGCAGCGGAGAUCAAGGUUUUAUUUUGCCCUGAUCAAUUGCUUGAUGAGCUGCAGCUGAAAUAUUUAACACUUCACACUUAUGCCCUUGGAGAUGGAGCCCAAAGCUAACAACCUCGUUUUUGGGUGUCAGCGAAGCUCAACAUCUGAUGACGACUCUGGCUGUGCCUUGGAAGAAUAUGCCUGGGUCCCCCCAGGCCUUAGACCAGAGCAGGUACAGCUGUAUUUUGCCUGCUUGCCGGAGGAAAAGGUCCCUUACGUGAACAGCCCUGGAGAGAAGCACAGAAUUAAACAGCUCCUCUAUCAGCUGCCACCCCACGAUAACGAGGUGAGAUACUGCCAGUCUUUAAGCGAAGAAGAAAAGAAGGAGCUGCAGAUGUUCAGUUCUCAGCGCAAAAAGGAGGCGCUCGGCCGAGGCACUAUUAAACUCCUCUCGAGAGCAGUGAUGCAUGCAGUUUGUGAACAGUGUGGUACAAAAGUAAAUGGCGGUGAAGUUGCAGUUUUUGCCUCGAGAGCUGGCCCCGGUGUGUGCUGGCAUCCAUCAUGUUUUGUAUGCUUCACGUGUAAUGAGCUUCUCGUUGACCUUAUCUACUUCUACCAAGAUGGAAAAAUUCACUGCGGCAGACACCACGCUGAACUUCUUAAGCCUCGAUGUUCAGCCUGUGAUGAGAUCAUUUUUGCUGAUGAGUGCACAGAAGCUGAGGGUCGCCACUGGCACAUGAAACACUUCUGCUGCCUCGAGUGCGAGACGAUCCUGGGAGGCCAGAGGUACAUCAUGAAGGACGGGCGACCGUUCUGCUGUAACUGUUUUGAAUCUCUUUACGCGGAAUACUGUGAGACCUGCGGGGAGCACAUUGGUGUUGACCAUGCCCAGAUGACCUACGAUGGACAGCACUGGCAUGCUACGGAGACUUGCUUUUCUUGUGCUCAGUGCAAGACCUCUUUGCUUGGCUGCCCUUUCCUUCCGAAGCAAGGGCAGAUCUACUGCUCAAAAACCUGCAGCUUGGGUGAGGACGUUCACGCCUCCGACUCUUCGGAUUCCGCGUUUCAGUCUGCUCGAUCAAGAGACUCCAGGAGGAGCAUUCGCAUGGGCAAGAGCAGCCGCUCAGCUGAUCAGUGCCGCCAGUCUCUCCUCCUGUCGCCAGCCCUCAAUUACAAGUUUCCUGGUCUGUCAGGCAACGCCGAUGAUACUCUUUCCCGCAAGCUGGAUGACUUAAGCCUUUCAAGGGAAGAGGCAGGCUUUGUUAACGAAGACUUCUGGAAAGGAAGAGUAGAGCAAGAAAUGCCUGAGGACCCUGAAGAAUGGGCUGAACACGAAGACUACAUGACUCAGCUGCUUCUGAAGUUUGGUGAUAAAAGCCUCUUCCAGCAACCUGCUGAGGUAGACAUUAGAUCAAGCGAACACUGGAUUUCUGACAGCAUUGUCAAGAGCAAGUUGGACUUGAAAAAAAAUAACCCAAGCCUAGCAAGUAAGAAGUAUCAAUCAGACAUGUACUGGGCCCAGUCCCAGGACGGCCUGGGUGACUCCGCGUAUGGCAGCCAUCCGGGCCCUGCCAGCAGCAGGAAGAUCCAGGAGCUAGACAUGGAGCAUGGGGCGUCGGGAUACAAACACGACCAAACACCGUGGUACGGAGGUUCGCUGGAAUGUUUGUCUGAUCUGAAACAGCAAGAACAAAGCGUUCGAGACUCGAUGGAUUCUUUGGCUUUGUCCAACAUAACAGGGGCUUCAAUGGAUGGCGAAGGCAAGCCACGGACAUCUCUCUAUUCUUUGCAAACUUUCCAAGAACUGGAGGUAGAGGACUGUGAGAAGAUGAGCAACAUGGGAACUCUGAAUUCUUCCAUGCUCCACCGGAGCACAGAGUCCUUGAAGAGUCUGAGCUCAGAGUUGUGCCAGGAAAAAGCGUUACCAGAGGAGAAGCCAGUGCAUAUGUCUGUACUGAGAAGAUCUAAAUCCCAGUCUAGACCACAGCAAGUGAAGUUUUCAGAUGAUGUUAUUGAUAAUGGCAGUUACGAGAAUGUUGAAAUUCGACAACCUCCAAUGAGUGAAAGGACUCGUAGGCGUGUUUACCAUUUCGAAGAGCGUGGAAAUCGGCCUUCUCACCAUCGCAGAAGAAGUAGGAAAUCUCGUUCAGAUAACGCACUUAAUUUGGCCACAGAAAGAAGAUGCUCUCCAAAAGAGAGAUUUCGUUAUUACUCUCCUCAGGAUCAUGAAAAAUUUAUUCAAAACAAAAGCUCGCGUGAGUUUCGGGCAUAUAUUCAAAACGCGGAGCUGUAUAGCCAGUAUGCCCAUACGAGUUCUGAUUAUGCACUGCGGAAUCAGGUGGUUGAUAAAUUUUUUGGAUUAUAUGGUGAUGAAGAUGACUCCUGGUGUUCGACUUCAUCCUCAUCAUCUGAUUCUGAAGAGGAAGGGUAUUUCCUGGGACAGCCAAUUCCCCAGCCACGCUCGCUGAGAUAUCCAUACUAUACAGAUGACCUUUCUAGUCCAACUACUGCGUUAUCUAGUUCUCAGUUUGGACAAAGGACAACCAAAUCAAAGAAGAAGAGGGGACACAAAGGGAAAAACUGCAUCAUUUCGUAAUUUGUUUUAACAGUUGGGAAGACCAGUCAACUCUCUAUCUACAGUUGGAACCACAUCUUUUUAUAUUAAUAAUUGUACUUAAGCAAGUUGCUGAGGUUCUUAACGCUUUGCCAGUGUAAAUGAUAACUGUACCAGAGUUUACAUUGUAAAAGUAACAUUCAGAAAUGUCACUAUGCCAAACGAUGACCUGUUCAGAUAUUGCUAGGUUUACAUACGUUUCAGCUGUCAAGGUACUGUUAUUGCAGUUCUUGAUACAGACUUUUUGUAGACAUUUAUUUUAUGCUCUCCAUUCACCUAUGUUCAGUUAUCUGAGAGAGGGGAGUCAGCGAAGAUCAAUAAAUAAAACUGUCAGUCUUGUACUGUAACUAUACCCACACAGGGUGAUCCUCAACUCUUUCUUCUCUCCAAUGAAAAGGUGACUAUGCUGUGUCCUUUCUUCACUGAUAAAAUUCAUUCAUUCUCUUCCUUGAAGUUUCCCUACAAAAACUGGAAGUUUUUUUUUAAAAUUUGGGAAAACGCUGCUUUUCCAAAGAGUCCGCUAUUAAGGAGGCAAAAAUCAGAAUGUGGGAGCUGAAAUGCUUGAGGCCUUGAUAUAUCUUAAAGCAGCACUAAAUGGUUUACACACUUAAAUAGAAGGAAAAACAUGGAAUUUUUUAUUUUUUUGAAAUAACUCCAUCCUGUGUAAGUUGUUUUUUGUGCCUGUUUAAAGGAAGGUAUUAAUUCAGCUUUUGGAAUUGGACCCGACUGCCAGUGAGUACAAUGAGUAGCGAUGGUUUUUAUGUCAUUUCCUCCACUCCACUGCAUUGAAAGAGAAAGGUACAAAUGCUGGAAUCCUUUGCUCGGGCACGUAACCCCAUUUAAGUCAAUGAAUCUACUUACAUAACAAAUACUUUCGUAAGGGCUUAAAGGAUUAGGCUCCAGAAUUGUGUCUUUUCAAAUGUAUUAUCCAGGUUUUAAAAUGUAUUAGUUGCAAUUCUAAAUCAAAAAAAAAUGAUAUUUAUAACGUAGUAUUUCAUAGGCUUAAAUGUAUUCAUAAUUUAACAGUGCAAAUACUAAUGUACAUAUUGUACAGUUAAAAUUUUAAAAGCUGAAUAUUUUUAUAUCCCUGAAUUUGAAGAAGUUUGUUACAAUAUCAAACUAGAUUUGUUAGGGGUUUAACAGCAGCAUUACGGAUGAAAUAUUGCUUGUAUUUUAGUCAGAGUUAAAAAUAUUGAAAGAUGUUUAGUGCAGAACAGCUUAAUUUUGUCUACUAGAUAUUGAAAGCUCUGUAUGCAUGGUGGGGCUAUGUAAAUACUCUCUAAACUAUGGCCCUCUUAAUCUUGCAAGUGUUAUUUAUGGGUCAAGCAAAAUGUAAACUAUAUAAAUGUAAAAAUCACACAAGCCUGGAAUAUAUCAGUACAACAAA